GCACUGUCGCGGGGGUUGCCCCGGGAGCUGGCCGAGGCGGUGUCCCGCGGCCGGGUGCUGGUGGUGGGCGCGGGCGGCAUCGGCUGCGAGCUGCUGAAGAACCUGGUGCUCACCGGCUUCUCCCACAUCGACCUGGAAAUUUCCUCUAACAGCCUCAAGUAAUCCUGAGUGAAUGGGUGUAUAAAGAAUUAAAGUAACAAACAUCUUCCAAAUCUGAUCAGCACAUCGAUUAAUGAAGAAUGACAAGAUUGAUCUGGAUACUAUCGAUGUCAGCAACCUCAACAGGCAGUUCUUGUUUCAGAAGAAACAUGUUGGAAGAUCAAAGGCUCAGGUUGCCAAAGAAAGUGUGCUCCAGUUCUGCCCCCGAGCGAACAUUGAGGCCCACCAUGACAGCAUCAUGAACCCAGACUAUAAUGUGGAGUUUUUUCGACAGUUUAUAUUGGUUAUGAAUGCGUUAGAUAACAGAGCUGCACGGAACCACGUGAAUAGAAUGUGUCUGGCAGCCGACGUGCCUCUCAUUGAAAGUGGGACUGCUGGUUAUCUUGGACAAGUGACCACUAUCAAGAAGGGUGUGACUGAGUGUUAUGAAUGUCAUCCUAAGCCAACCCAGAGAACUUUUCCUGGCUGUACGAUUCGGAACACACCUUCGGAACCUAUUCAUUGCAUUGUUUGGGCAAAGUAUUUAUUUAACCAGCUGUUUGGAGAGGAGGAUGCUGAUCAAGAGGUGUCUCCUGACAGAGCUGACCCUGAGGCUGCUUGGGAACCAGCAGAAGCUGAAGCCAGAGCCCAAGCAUCUAAUGAAGAUGGAGACAUUAAGCGUAUUUCCACUAAGGAAUGGGCUAAAUCAACUGGAUAUGAUCCAGUAAAACUUUUUACCAAGCUCUUUAAAGAUGAUAUUAGGUAUUUGCUGACAAUGGACAAGCUCUGGCGCAAGAGGAAACCUCCGGUUCCACUGGACUGGGCUGAAAUACAGAGUCAAGGAGAAGACGCCAAUGCAUCCGAUCAACAAAACGAGCCCCAGUUGGGUUUGAAAGACCAGCAGGUUCUGGAUGUCAAGAGCUACGCAAGCCUGUUUUCAAAGAGCAUUGAGACUCUGAGAGUUCACUUAGCAGAAAAGGGCGAUGGAGCUGAGCUCAUCUGGGAUAAGGAUGAUCCCUCUGCAAUGGAUUUCGUCACGUCUGCUGCAAACCUCAGGAUGCACAUUUUCAGCAUGAAUAUGAAGAGCAGAUUUGAUAUAAAGUCAAUGGCGGGGAACAUCAUUCCUGCUAUAGCUACUACUAAUGCAGUGAUUGCCGGCUUGAUCGUGUUGGAAGGCCUAAAGAUCUUAUCUGGAAAAAUAGACCAGUGUAGAACCAUUUUUUUGAAUAAACAGCCAAACCCAAGAAAGAAGCUCUUGGUGCCCUGUGCACUGGAUCCUCCCAACACCAACUGCUACGUUUGUGCCAGUAAGCCAGAGGUGACUGUGAGGCUGAACGUCCACAAAGUGACAGUGCUCACCUUACAGGAUAAGAUAGUGAAAGAAAAGUUUGCUAUGGUGGCACCAGAUGUCCAAAUUGAAGAUGGGAAAGGAACAAUCCUGAUAUCUUCAGAAGAGGGGGAGACAGAAGCUAAUAACCCCAAGAAGUUGUCUGAUUUUGGAAUUAGAAAUGGCAGCCGGCUUCAAGCAGACGACUUCCUUCAGGACUACACUUUACUGAUCAACAUUCUCCAUAGCGAAGAGCUAGGAAAGGAUGUUGAAUUUGAGGUUGUUGGUGAUGCCCCGGAAAAAGUGGGGCCCAAACAAGCUGAAGAUGCUGCUAAAAGCAUUACCAAUGGCAGUGACGACGGAGCCCAGCCCUCCACCUCCACAGCACAAGAGCAAGAUGAUGUGCUCAUAGUUGACUCAGACGAAGAAGGCCCUUCAGACAGUGCUGACGGCAGUGAGGACGAGAGAGGCCGCAAGCGGAAACUGGAAGAGAACGAGGCUGCCGGGGCCAAGAGGCCCCGCUUGGAGCAGACGGAAGAUCUGGAUGACGUCAUAGCUUUAGACUGAGCAGACUCCUGGCCUUGAUCUGGUUGGAACCAAAGGGGAAGCGCAGGGUGGGAUGGCUUUGUGGUUCCGCCCCUGUGAAGGCGUUCAUUUGCGAAGACCGUUAGAGACUGCAUUGCUGUACUGAAAUAGGGAUAGUGUCUGAGACCCUUUGAGCGGAGCCAGGCGGCCAGGGGGGACUGAGGGGCGCGUGCAUGUCGCCUUCCCUGUAAAUAGCCUUAGCUAUCAUUUCCUAGUGGGAAGCACUGUGGGGUAGGAACGCUGAGACCUGGUUAUAAAUAUUAUGCCUUUAUUUUUGGCUAGAGAAGAGUUAUUUUUAGCCUAGAUCUAACCAUUUUCAUACUCUGACCUGAAAGAUUCACGAAGUGUCAAGUGCUAUGCAUUGAAACUUGUUUUUUAAAUGUUACCUGGCACUGUGUAUAUUAAUGUAAAACAAUGUUAAUUUACUCGAACUUUCAGUUUGUACUGCCUGGUAUGUCUGUGUAAGAAGCCAAUUUUUGUGUAUUUGUUACAGUUUCAGGUUAUUUAUAUUUGAUGUUUUGUAAACUCAAACAGCAAAUAUACUGUACUUAUGGACCAAAUAAAUGGCACCCUGCAUACUUA